GAUCGGUGAGCAGCGAUGGCGGGGCAACCCUGUCAGCGCCCGGCCUGGGCGUCGCUGCUCCUGCGGCUGCUGCUGACUGGGAUCGCUGCCUGCAACGCCAGCCCCGCGGACGACGGCGCGGGUCCCGGGGGCCGGGGACCCCGAGGACGCGCGCGAGGGGACGCGGGCGCUGACGAGGCAGUGCCGCGCCACGACUCCUCUUACGGCACCUUCGCCGGCGAGUUCUACGACCUGCGCUACCUGUCGGAGGAGGGCUAUCCUUUUCCCACUGCUCCUCCGGUGGACCCGUUUGCCAAAAUCAAAGUGGAAGACUGUGGGAGAACUAAAGGAUGCUUUAGGUACGGCAAGCCCGGCUGCAACGCAGAGACCUGUGACUACUUCCUUAGCUACCGGAUGAUAGGGGCUGAUGUGGAGUUUGAGCUGAGCGCAGACACGGAUGGCUGGGUAGCAGUUGGAUUCUCUUCAGACAAAAAGAUGGGCGGUGAUGAUGUCAUGGCCUGCGUCCAUGAUGACAAUGGCAGAGUCCGCAUCCAGCACUUCUACAAUGUGGGACAGUGGGCCAAGGAGGUCCAGAGAAAUCCUGCCAGAGACGAGGAAGGGGUUUUCGAGAACAAUCGUGUCACCUGCAGGUUUAAGCGCCCCGUGAACGUUCCCAGAGAUGAAACGAUCGUGGAUCUACACUUGAGUUGGUAUUACCUGUUCGCUUGGGGUCCGGCCAUUCAGGGCUCCAUCACCAGGCACGACAUAGACUCCCCGCCGACUUCAGAGCGCGUUGUCAGUAUUUACAAAUACGAAGACAUUUUCAUGCCGUCCGCUGCCUACCAGACCUUCUCCUCUCCCUUUUGUUUGCUUCUCAUUGUGGCCCUGACCUUCUACUUGCUGAUGGGAACCCCUUAGACACAGCUGCAAGGCCGACAGACUAGACGGAGCGGCAAGCCUUCAGUAUAUAUUUUUCAAUAUCGCCUGUAUUCUAGCUUCCGUUACUUAAAAACAAGUCAUGAUUUCAACAUUUUUUGGGGGGAAAAAAAAAGAACAAGCUUUUCUCCUAGUCAAACAGGAUUGUCAAGGCAACCGUGCUUUCGGGAAGUAUUUAAACCAUUUGCGAACACUUCAAAUACGUUUUCCAUUUGAGCUUUACGGUGUCUGUGCAUUGACUUGGUAAAACUGAGAGAGUCGUCAUACUGAUUGGGAUUUAAACCUAGACAAAGGCUGCCUUUUGUUGGCCUACGCGUUUCACAGCCUUGGCUAGCACGAUCAGCUGACACAACGGGGAGAUAAAGAGCUAGCUGUGGAAAGAGUGUCUCCCAACAGUCUUUAUUUCGAGCGGUACUGCACAAGAGGGUUACUUGGCAUGUUGCCGUGGAGAACUUCACAGGAUGUCACAAGUGCAUCAGCAGCCUCUCGAGAACAUUUCCGUGGAGGCUAAAUGCUUUUAGAUAGCCACACAGUGGAUGGGGCGUGUGGAAGAGAUUAUAGUGAUAAGCAGUGGUUUGUAUUUAUCUAAAGUAUCUUCCCAAUUAGCAAGUAGUUAUGAGAAAACAGUUUUAUAUUGCUGUUAGGAAAGAUGAAAAAAAGAACUCUGAAUAUUCCUGAAGAUGUAAAAUUACCUUAAUGAUAAAAACAGGAGAAUUCUUAGCAAUUAGGAUUUGCUCUCUUUUGCUACUGCGUUCACCCAAGGUGUUCCUGGGUGGCUCUAGUCAACGGUGGUGUUCAAGUCGGCAUCCAUUAAGUAUAAUUAAAUAUGCAUUAGGACAGACACGUCAUCCUAAGGAAAACACAUCAUCAUUUUUAAUGACUGUAGACACCAGGAGCAAAAAUGGGAGGAGAGACCCAAAGGUAUAUUCACUAAGAGUAUACAUUAAAAAUGUUCAAUUCUAUAUUUUCUUUUUUGAAAAGAGCCAGAUACUCUAUAAAUACCUAUGCUGGCAGUCUACCUAGAGGAGAGUAACUGUGGGCACUUACAUGGUGGGCCAUUGCCAUGGUGGCUUUCCAGAAUUCUCUGAUUUGUUCCCAUUGCUUCCAGGCUGGCUUCAACUCUAUAUAGUUGAGUGACACUGGACUAUGGUUUCUAAGUCCCAAGUUCAUGUCAGAGGUGUUGUCUGCCUGUGGGGAGAAUGUUCAGAUUCUUUUGAACUGGCGCCAAAAAAGUAUGUAUUACUACUUUGCAUCACUGCCCACACCCAGUUUCAAACUCAAGGUUCAAGCUGGCGGCUCCACCCGACAACAGCUGCCUCUUCACCAAGCCCUCUGGUCCUGGUCAAGCUUGGCACCAGCGUGGCCGGUAUAUCAGUUUCUCAGGGUUAGUAGUUGGUUUAGGAGUGAGGGUUGGGAGUAUAUAGAGACACCCGUGUUGUAAAUAAGAAGCCGAAUAUUUUUAUAUCCUUUAUGUGUAUAGUAGUUGACGUAUAAAUCGCGGAGCUAAUAGAGACUUCAGUUAAUAGUGGGAGCGAGUGGCGCUUCCCUUCCACUUCCACUUCAAAUCAAGUAACUGUUUCAUAGUCUUUCGACUUCAGUGAUCAGCUUUGUGAAUCUUCACUUGGAACUUUCAGAGUUAUCCUUGACCUUACAGUGACAUGCAGGGACUCUACUAAACUCCAGGGUUUCUGCUUCUUCAGGGUCACUGUCUGUCCUAGUGAGUCUGAGGAACCUUGAGUUCCUCCAACCUGCUCUCCCUCACCAGUCCUGUCCCCGUCUUCCCCAUCCCCCCUCCCUCCAGAUAAUGAGCUCAUCUGUAAGGCCCUAACUCUUAUCUCUUCCUCCAGUCUUGGGGACUAUGUCAUUUUAGGAGGUGACUAAGCCCUCCUCUGGCGUGCUGGGCUUUUCAUUAGGAGUCAUUUCUCUUCUCAUCCUUGUAACUGAUGCUACUUCUUAGUAGGUAUUCAAAAAACUGGUGGACUGAAUUUGAAAGCUGUCUUGAUACUGCGAGUUUACUUGGGCUAGGGGAAUCUCUUUUAUGGACUGUAGCCGGCUAGCCCUGUUUUUAUAUGCUCUGUUCAUGAUCAAACCGUGUCUUCCAAAACAUAAAUGACAGAAUCCUCAGUGGCAGUGUGGUUUUGCCUUUCAGUGGACACCAGUUGGCACUUUGAACAAUAAUUGCUGUCAUGAAAUAAGGAUUUACGACAAGGGAUGUGUCACAAACAGCUGACCGUCAUCUCAGAGAUCUGUCCACUGAUAGACGUGCUGAAGCGAAAGCCCUGUAGACUUUGAAUUCAUCCGUUCUUACCUAAUCUAAGGGUACUCCAAUUCUUCUCUCUAUUCGUGCUCUCUCUUUUUCAACAGGGCCUCUCAGUCAUCCUUCUUGAGCCCCCCGACUCCUGGCUGCUGCUCUCUCAAGCAUGCACUCCCAGGUCUGACAUACGGUUUCACUUUCUACACAGUGUUUGUCCUGAGGGAGAAGCUAUCAGUGCAGACAGAUGUAUGUAGCGCUGUUGUAAGGGCUCCCUCCAUGUGGAGCUCCAUGUGGGUGAACUCUUUCAAUCCUACCGGCCAGAGGAAGCGUCUGUCGUCAGUCCAGCUUUGCAGAAGGAAGAGUUGAGGUCGGUCUUCAGGCGAGCUUACCAGUGCUGGCCAGACUUUAGAGACACUAGUUCAAAUGCACUUGUCAUGCAAGAGGCCACAGGGACGAGGGAGCCGAUAUGACUGCCUAUGCCUCAUGCAAAGUCUUUAAAACUUCCGUUAAGCAGAACUUGCUGUUCAUACUCAAAUCAGCUGGGCACCUUCGCCUGCCCCCUAGUAUUUUACGGUGAAAAGGAGCGCUUCUUAUUGCUGCGCUUGCGGAA